CCACCUGCGACAUUCCACCUCCGUUUCCCUGGUUAUACUACAUUCCGCAUGCCAAUGCAUCCAGAGUCAUCCUACCUACAAUAGGCACCCGACUAGAUUCCCACUCACUGGCGUAGCAUGGCCACUGAACAGGUGCACCCCUUGCGCAUCAACAAGCACACUCCGAACCCGUCUACAGCAAAGAUGCCCAGCGGGAUCCCUCGCCCGCUCUCGGAGCUGUCUCCCACGGAAAUGAGACGAAACUCCCCCAGCUGGCAUCAGCACAGCAAUGGUUCCCCCAAGAAAGCGGGCCAAAACCCCGAUUCAUCCCCAUUCCAGUCCUCGCCGAUGGACUCUGUAACCUCUCCUCGAAUGUUUUGGCAGAACCGCAACACGGAGAACCUUUACAGUGGGCGAGGCGGAUCACCUUCACCAAACCGACGGUCUUCGAUUGAGCGACUCCAGAAGGCUUCUCGUGUCAGGAACAGCAACAUCCUGGCACUUGAGCAGAAGCAGGAAUAUGAUCCCACUCGGAUCACUCAGAUCGAGAGACCGCUCGCAAAGGUCCAGGACAGCCCCUUUGGGUCUUCUGGAUCACUCCGCUACUCCACCAGCGACCGCCCAGUUCUCGGCCAUUUUCGCAGCGAAAGCAAGACGAGUGUCCCAACAAUGAGCCCAACCAAGUCGUCUGUACCUCAGCCGGUCUCUCCAACUCGGCCUAUGACGCCCAGCAAAGAUCAGGUGUCACCUACCAAAUCAUCUCUCUCCACCUCAAGGUUCAAGAGCAGCUUUGACAUGGAGACUGGAACGUGGUCUGGCGAUUCGUCGCUCGACGACCGCGAGCUGCCUCCUGGACGGUCGUUGCAUCGUCAUGCGAAGAGCGUAACAUUCGACGCUGCACCUCCUCAGAUCAACGAAUACGAAGAUGCCACACCCGACCUUUCCUCCAUCGGCACUAACUCUCGCGAGGGAAGCUACGAGUCUAUUGAAGAUGACGAUGACGAUGAUGACAUGCUCUAUGAUCCCGCCCACGUGGAUCUCGAGGGGGAUAGCUUUGAUGCGUCUCUGGAAGACACGGAUAAGACUCCCGUUGUCGGUCCAGAUGACUGGAGAGGAGACAGCCCCAUGGUGCACCGUGGAGGGCCACAAGAGUACGAAGCCAGUCCCAUGCCUGACAAUGCUCCCUCAGUAGCUUCAGCCGCGCUCCCAUCCCACGGUCGCACUGACUCCUCCAACUCCAACGGAGAGCAUCGUCCCCUACCUCCACUUCCCCCCUUCGGCCAUGCCCGCAACCACUCCCGUGGUUCAUCGCCAGCCUCCCCCGGGCUCUCGGCGACUGCAGAACGGAUGCUUGGGUCGCAUAGAAACUUGCCUUCUCCUCCACCCGCUUCCGCCACGAGCAAGUCGGACAUGCAGAACAUUGGCAAUGGACGGAUGUCGCUUGAGGAGCGGUUGAGACUCAUGAUGUUGUCCGACGAGAGUGAUGGAAAGAGCGCCGCAGAGCAACAGCGCGAGCGACGCCUUCGCCGAGCAACUGGUCGUGAUCGACUCAGCAGUCCUGUAUCUGAGCCUGAAUCAACCGUCAGCAUGCUCUCCGCUCAGGAAGAAGACGACGCUGUUGGUGAUAUCUCAGGCCUGGGUGACUACCAGUUGCCACCCCGCAUCUCGCGCGACUCUAUCAUGCGCAAGGUCAAUGGCAGCAAGACUGCCGAGCCGGAGACCGACUAUAACUUCUCAUCACCCCCCGGCUCCAGCCCCAUCAGAAGCCCCGAGCGCCAGUUGCCUCUGGAUCCAGAUGUUCCUAUUCCAUCUACUGAGGACCCCAUGGAUGAGUUCUCUGAGGAGGAAGACGGCAGCGUCAUCAUUACCCGGAUGCCUGAGGAUGAGAUUGAGUUUUACGAAGACUCAGACUAUGAGGAUGAUGAGGACAAGAUGCAACAGCCUGGAGAUACCGAUAGUGAGAGCCACUACUCGGAACCGGACCCAGUCGAGGAACAGCCACAACCAGAGGUCAAAGAGGAGGCGUCCACCCCUCGGGCAACUACUCCCACCCCGAAGCGAAGCUUGGAUGAGUCUCUUCCUGAUUUCGGUACCAACUCCAAGGAGGGUUCGUUUUCGCGAGGCUUUGAAUCUUUUAUGAUUCCUGAAGCCAAGGAGGAAGAGAAGCCCGCACCUGCGCCUGCGCCUGAGCCUGAGGCCCCAAAGAUGGCUGAUGCCCAGGCCUUCCUGCAACGGCCCUUCACGCCCGAGCAACCGCUGUCCAAGCCAGAGUACGAUGGCUCAGGAUGGGGUGAGCCCGAGGAUGAAUACGAUGAAGAUCCCGGAACCCCAGAGUCCGUCAUCCACCAUCCCGUGCCCGACAUGGAGGAGGAUGAGGAGCCAGAGCCCCCCGCCGUCUCACCCGUUAUCCCCGAGCGAUACGCGACAAUCAAGAGCGCUUCCGGCUCCAGGCUGAAGACUCGAGUUUCCAACACUCCCGCAGACAUUGCCGCCAUGCGAGAAGCUCGCAGGCAAGUCAGUGUCGAGAUCCCAGAUGUACCGGUUCUUCCCGAACGGCUUAGCAAGCGCCUCUCUCAAGACGUGAACUCGAGUAUGCUUUCAACUGGUGACGAGUUCAUUGAGCGACACCCCAGCUUCAAAAACCGCAGCCUGACUUUGGAUCUUGACUUGGGCCUCAGCCUUGAUCAAGACUUUGAGAGAGUCAUCGAGGCACAAAAGGUCCGCGGUUACCUUAUGCGACAGAAUACGAAGCUCAUUUCCGCGAGCGAUAAAGACACCGACGAGCCGCGAGGCGCCCGAUCAGUCGGCAACUCUCCUGUCAAGGAGGAUCGACCUCUUUCAUGUGUUGUUGAGCCUUGGAACAGUAAGCCGCGCCAAAGGAGUACGCGGAAACGCGUAGGUGGUAGUGUAGGAUAUAUUCCCCCGAUGCCCGGUCAAGAGAGCAACGCAACCACCGCCUUGAACCAGGUGGUCGAGGAAGAUAUUGGCCUGGAGAUGGCAACACCAGAGAGCGGAGAGCGAGGUCGUCUCUUCGUCAAAGUCAUGGGUGUCAAGGAUUUAGAUCUUCCUCUUCCCAAAAAUGAACGGACUUGGUUCAGUCUCACGCUGGACAACGGAGUACAUUGCGUCACAACUGCAUGGCUUGAGCUAGCGCGGCAAGCCCCCAUCGGCCAGGAAUUCGAACUCGUUGUUCCCAACGACCUUGAGUUCCAGCUCACCCUCAACGUCAAGCUUGAGAAGCCUGAGCCCGUCAAGGUGGCUCCUCAGGCAGCUAGAGUCCACAAACACAAGACGUCGACCUUCAGUAGGGUAUUCACAUCGCCCAAGAAGCGCAAGGAGCUUGAGAUGCGACAUCGCGAAGAGGAAGAGCGAGUCGCGCAGCAAGAGCGAGACGCCCAAACUAAGAAGCGCAACACUCCUCCUUCUGCUUACGAGAUGCUAUCUCCUCUCGCAGCUGAAGACGGUAGCUUCGGCCGAGCUUAUGUUUGUCUCCGAGAACAUGAAAGCCGAUGCUUCGGCCGACCCUACAUGGCCGAGGUUGCCUGCUUCAAUGAGUGGGCAACUGAAGAAGCUGCCUUCGCGUCGAGCGUCAAGAGCAAGCGUGGUAACACUGCCGUCGUCCGACGAGCUCCCUACAAGGUCGGAAAGCUUGAGUUGCAACUGCUCUUCGUCCCUCGCCCUAAGAAUGCGACGGAUGACGACAUGCCCAAGAGCAUGAACUCGUCUAUUCGAGAGCUCAAGGCGGCUGAGGAGAGAAUGUCCCGAAGUUGGGAGGGUCACCUGAGCCAACAAGGUGGUGACUGCCCUUACUGGCGCCGACGAUACUUCAAGCUGGUCGGCACCAAGCUGACUGCCUACCACGAGGCAACACGCCAGCCUCGCGCGACAAUUAAUCUAGCAAAUGCCAAGCGACUCAUUGAUGAUCGCCGGACCUUGACCGAAAAGGAGACCACGGUACGAGGUGGCCGACGUCGCCGAUCUGCAUUUGCGGAAGAGGAAGAAGGCUACAUGUUUGUUGAGGAGGGCUUCCGCAUCCGAUUCAACAACGGUGAGGUCAUCGACUUCUACGCAGAUACAGCUGAAGACAAGGAAGGCUGGAUGAAGGUCCUGUCUGAUGUUGCCGGGCGCGACGGCGGUGACGAUGACUCCCGAGCCAGAGCGAAGUGGUGCCAGCUCGUUCUUAGACGGGAAGAGCAGCUGCGCCGCCGAGCAUCCGGGCGCCGAGUGAACUCACGACCUAAGAGCAUGUUCCUCUGAGAGAGUGAUGCUUGUUAGUUUUGGCAUUUAUGGUGAGCACAGGUACGAGGCAACGCCGGGAUGAUGGAUCUAUGACACACGCCUGGACCA